CCUCUCUCACUCUAAAGAGGACUCAGUGUCUGCGCUUCCCUUCAUUUUCCACCCCAACAUGUUGGCAGGGGGAGAAAGAGGAGGAUGCUGCGCUCUACCCUUGGUGCGUUCUUGCCACCUCUCCAGCCGGCGCUCGCUGCCUCUGAAUCAGACUCGGCUCUCAGUUGUCUCCGCCUGAAGGACUUAAAAGAGGAGGUGGAGGAGGAUCCGAAGAAUAAGCUGGAGCUUAGGAGUUCUCGCUCCAGGGUCCUCAACAGGAACAACAACAGCAGGAGAACAGAAUCUGUGGUGGAAACUACUAAUACCUCAGCAGUGAGCACCUCCUCCUCCUCCGGCUUCCCUCACUCCUUUUCCUCCCUCUCGGCUCCAAGAUCCAUGUGGCAAGAGGCAAUAAGGAGGAAGCGCUAUCUCCUUGGGGCAGGAGAGUCUGGGAAAGUGGAUAAAGGAGGAGGAGGUGGUGGUCAGGAGAAGAGGAACAGGUCCCCGGACUGGUUAUAUGAAUCCUACUACUGUAUGAGCCAGCAGCAUCCCCUGAUUGUGUUUUUGCUCCUCAUAGUGAUGGGAGCCUGCCUGGCGCUGCUGACUGUGUUCUUUGCUUCGGGACUGAACGUUGCAGACCAUGUGGCCUUUGUAAUCACUGUACCCACGGCACUGGCUAUAUUCCUGGCUGUGUUUGUACUAGUCUGCAUUGAGUCCAUCUUCAAGAAGCUUUUACGUGUUUUCUCCCUCGUCAUCUGGGCUUGCUUGGUUGCCAUGGGUUACCUUUUUAUGUUUUCUGGCGGGAUCGUCUGCCCAUGGGAUCAGGUUUCCUUUUUCCUCUUCAUUGUGUUUGUGGUAUACACAAUGCUGCCGUUCUGUAUGCGGGACGCCAUCAUCGCCAGCGUUCUGACGUCUGCCUCACACACCAUUGUGUUGAGUGUCUGCUUGUCCACCACAGCUGUUCGCAUGGGACCAGUCCUGUGGCAGAUUUUGGCCAAUAUCAUCAUUUUUAUGUGUGGCAACAUGGCUGGGGCGUACCACAAGCAUCUGAUGGAGCUGGCACUCAAACAAACUUACCAGGACACCUGCAACUGCAUCAAGUCCCCAAUUAAACUGGAGUUUGAGAAGAGACAGCAGGAGCGUCUGCUGUUGUCUCUGCUGCCGGCUCAUAUCGCCCGUGUGAUGAAAGCUGAAAUCAUCCAGAGACUUAAGGGUCCCAACUUUGGUCAGAUUGAGAACACAAACAAUUUUCACAACCUCUAUGUCCAGAGACACACUAAUGUCAGUAUACUUUAUGCUGAUAUCGUAGGAUUCACGAGACUGGCCAGUGACUGCUCACCUGGAGAGCUUGUUCACAUGUUAAACGAACUGUUUGGCAAAUUUGACCAAAUUGCCAAGGAAAAUGAAUGUAUGCGAAUCAAGAUCCUGGGUGACUGUUACUACUGUGUGUCCGGCCUGCCAGAGUCACUGUCAAACCACGCGAAAAACUGCGUGAAAAUGGGUCUGGAUAUGUGUGAGGCCAUCAAGAAGGUGCGAGACGCCACAGGGGUCGACAUCAACAUGCGUGUUGGCGUGCAUUCUGGGAACGUGCUGUGUGGAGUUAUUGGACUUCAGAAAUGGCAAUAUGAUGUCUGGUCACAUGAUGUCACGCUGGCCAAUCACAUGGAGGCAGGAGGUGUACCAGGGAGAGUCCACAUAACCUCGGUGACACUGGAGCACUUGAAUGGUGCCUAUAAGGUGGAAGAAGGAGAAGGACAAGAACGAGAUCCCUAUCUGAAGGAACAUGGAGUCAUCACCUAUUUGGUCAUCAUCCCAAAGGUGGAGCGUCGGAGCCCACAGCAUCAUUACCGACCCAGACACACUCUGGACGGAGCGAAGAUGAGAGCCUCAGUGAGGAUGACCCGCUACCUGGAGUCGUGGGGAGCAGCCAAGCCCUUUGCCAACCUGCACCACAGAGACAGCAUGACUAAUGAGAACGGCAAGAUCAACACUGCUGAUGUGCCGAUGGGCCGGUAUCACUUCCGAAGGAGAUCAGAAAGGACAAAGUCUCAGAAGAAACGAUUCGAGGAGGAACUCAACGAGAGGAUGAUCAGGACUAUUGAUGGAAUAAACGCACAAAAACAGUGGCUCAAGUCCGAGGACAUCCAGAGAAUAUCGUUAUUCUUUCACAACAAAUCCUUAGAGAAGGAGUACAGAGCAACAACCUUGCCGGCCUUCAAAUACUACGUCACCUGCGCCUGUUUGAUCUUUUUCUGCAUUUUUAUUGUGCAGAUUCUCGUCUUGCCAAAGACAACUGUUUUGGGAAUAUCCUUUGGAAUGGCUUUUCUUAUUCUCUCCUUGACCCUCUUCAUAUGUUUCAUUGGACACUUCCUGCAUUGCAGUAAAAGCGCCUCCUCUUCUUGGAUGUGGCUGCUGAGGUCAUCAGUCAUUAUUGCCAACAAGCCAUGGCCCCGCAUCACUCUCACCAUGACAACCACAGCUCUAAUACUAAUAAUGGCAGUCUUCAACAUGUUCUUUUUGGAAGACAAUGUGUUGCCUUUAGUUCCUGUUUACAAUUCCUCCAAUGAAACACUGCAUGGGCACUUCACUGGCAAAAACUAUUUCUACCUUCCUUAUUUAAUCUACAGCUGCAUCCUGGGCCUGAUUUCUUGCUCAGUUUUCCUGAGGAUAAACUACGAGCUGAAGAUGAUCAUCAUGUUAACAGCGGUGGUCGUCUACAAUGUCAUUAUUCUACAGACGCAUGCCUCUCUGCUGGAUGAAUACAGCAGAGAGGUUCUGUACAAGACUGAAAGCUUAGAUAGACCAGGAGUUCUCAAAGACCUGAAGACUAUGGGCUCUAUCUCCCUCUUUAUCUUCUUCAUCACUCUGCUUGUGCUUGCCAGACAGAAUGAAUAUUACUGUAGGUUAGACUUUCUCUGGAAGAACAAGUUCAAGAAGGAGUGUGAGGAGAUUGAAACCAUGGAGAACCUCAACCGGGUUCUUCUUGAGAAUGUCCUGCCUGCACAUGUUGCAGAACACUUCUUGGCACGCAACUGGAAGAAUGAGGAUCUUUACCACCAGUCCUAUGACCUGGUUUGUGUCAUGUUCGCCUCCAUCCCAGACUUUAAAGAGUUCUACACUGAGUCUGACGUCAACAAAGAAGGAUUAGAGUGCCUCAGGCUCCUCAAUGAAAUCAUUGCUGACUUUGAUGAGUUGCUUUCCAAACCUAAAUUCAGUGGUGUGGAAAAGAUCAAGACCAUCGGUAGCACUUACAUGGCUGCUACUGGGCUAAACGCAUCUCCUGGGCCUGAAUACACAUCACAGGAGCAUGACAGGCAGUACAUGCACAUAGGGACCAUGGUAGAGUUUGCAUUUGCCUUGGUGGGGAAGCUGGAUGUCAUCAACAAACACUCCUUCAAUGACUUCAAACUCCGAGUUGGUAUUAACCAUGGCCCAGUCAUAGCUGGAGUCAUUGGGGCCCAGAAACCACAGUAUGAUAUCUGGGGAAACACAGUGAAUGUAGCCAGCAGAAUGGACAGCACUGGAGUCCUGGGGAAAAUACAGGUGACGGAGGAGACGAGUCACAUCCUUCUGACUCUGGGCUACAUGUGCUCCUGUAGAGGAAUCAUCAAUGUCAAGGGUAAAGGAGAGCUCAAGACCUUCUUUGUGCACACUGAGAUGACUCGCUCACUGUCCCAAGGGAAUGUAAUGCCGUAAGACUGGUUCAGAAUAUUCUGAGUUUACACAGGCAUAAAGAACAAACUUUCAUUUCAGAUGGAGGAAGGUUUGAUCUUCUCCGCUUUGAUGUGAAAUGAUGUGAGACAUGAAAUAAUCUGGGCUGCACGGAGGAGAAAAUCAGAGUUUAGCGUUUCAUUGCAAAUGACCUAUGCCACAGCUGUAGUAUACAUUUUGUCACUUAUGUAAUUCUAAGUGUAACAUGUACAGCAAGUAGGCAGUAACCCCUGAAAAUAUAUUGUAAUUUGAAUGUUAGAGCUGGAAAAUCCACAGUGGCACAAGUCAGCCAGAUGUAAUAACGGACAAGUUCGGUCAGAGAGAAGAAUCUCAAAUGAUCCAGAUGAGUUUCCUAACUCCGCUUUGGGCGGUUACUGACUGUCACCUUAACUUAGAAACACAGGCUUCAGCCAGGUGCAUCCAAACAAAUUGAACUCAUUUUACAGGACAUUUUGGAUCACAAAUAAUGUGCAGCAAGCAGUAGAAAAACAGAUUGCAUGGCAACAGUUUUCAUCAGAGCGUCCAAAAGAUAAUUUCAGCAGGUGCUAUGAAUAAAAUGAAGUUUGUGUCCCUCCAACUCAACCAAAUGUUUAGAGAAACACAAAAGGCCACAGAUGAAAGAUUUCAUACGGAAAAUUAAAGCAGAGGAUGGUACAAUAGAGAGGAAAACACGGCCACUGUUGCAAAGGUGAGAUGUGUCUAUAAAAAUAACACAGCCAACAGGUGUACAUAACUCCAUCAACCUUGUUAGAAGCACGAAGUCUUGGAUGUAUUUUACAGGUGGUCUAGGACUACAAAAGGAAAAACACUAAAGAAUCUAUGAAUAUAUUAUGAUAUUCAUGCAGGGCCAGGUUUUCCAAAACUGUCUUUGCACUUUUAUCAUCUUUCCUAUUGUUUAUGACGAAGAUAAAGAUUAGUCAGAAGUCAGGGGUCCGAUGCAUAGAUAAUCUAUGUAUGUCAUUUUCUGAUAUCUAUCAAAGAAUUUGUGUUGAAAAUGUGCACACUUUAGACACUUCACACUGGGCAUACAGAGUUUCUGGAGCAGCAGGGUAAAUAAGGAGAUGAAAUUUGGGACAAUGCACCAAAUCUUUUUCAAAACAUUUGUGCUUUUUCUGUGAUUGAGGGUUUUUUUUACAUCUAAAUAGCAAAAGCUAAUUUAGUAUAAUCUGGAAUUUCUGUUUGAGUGAUUAACAUUAUCCUCAACUAUGGAAUAUGUUCAAAGUGCCACGAUCAUCUCUCUUUUGUAAAGAUGACAGAGUGAUCACUGUACCUAACCCUAGCUCCACAAUGACUGAGACUUAUGGAACAAAACCAGACAUACAUAUGGAUAUGUACAUCUGAAAAAGUGGGCAUACACAAUCUUCUGCAUCUGAUCCCUGGUGUACAGAUUUAGAAAACAUGUUUGAGUAAAACAACUAGAUACAAAGGAAUGAAAGAUGAUUUGAGUGUCAAGAUUUUGAGUAAUCCAGACCUGAUCAGUGUACAGGGUAGCUUUAGAGUGCAUAUGGUACUGUGGUUUUGUAAGAAAAGAAAAUACUACCAAAAAAGUGUUUUGAUGUUUUAAUGAUGCCAUUGUUUUUUGUAAAAACUCAAUUAAAAUUUAUAUGUAUUUAAA